GUUUCCUUGUUUUGUUGGCCGAAUGGCGUCGGUUUCGGAAAGCCUUUUUCUUUUUCCCUGCAUACCAACGGAAACAGAAAGCGUCAGCGUCCACCGACCAGCGCAGAAAGCUGAAUUCAUUAUUUGUGAUGGUUGAUGCGCCCGGGAUCCGCUUCGCUGAACCCCAAGCUACAUUGAAGUAUUAAACCCCGUCCACCGCCUCUUCUCUCUCACUCUCUUCUCUCUUUAUCUCUCGUGUUCGUCGUUCGCGGAUGCACCGAAACGAGACCCGGGCGGGCGGAGGAGGAGGGAUGAACGACCUCUCCGGCACCGCCGUCGGCCGCCGGUUCCGCGCCCCGGUCCCCGCCGCCGUACCCUGUGUCAUUGUCCCUCUUCUCCUCGCCGGCCUCGCCGUCUCCCUCCUCAUCCUCGUCGUCGUCCACAACGCCCUCCUCCUCGCCGCCGUACUUUUCCUCUCCGCCGCCGCCUCCUCCUUCCUCCUCUGGAAUGCCGCCAGCUUCCGGAACCACGGCGCCCUCCUCGUCUUCCUCGACCGCCUCCCCGCCUCCGACCUCGUCACCGCCAGGGACGGCCAGCUCAUCAAGAUCACCGGGUUUGCUUCGUGUGGGGAUCUUUCUCUUGAAUCUUCAUAUGAGAAGGUUGGAAGAUGUGCAUAUACAUCAACACUUCUGUAUGAAUAUUGUGGAUUUGGAUCAAAGCCAGCAAAUGCUAACAGUAAAUUCUUCCAGUGGAAUUUAGCAUAUGUGGAGAGGUUUGCCACAGACUUUUACAUAACAGAUAUGAAGUCUGGUACCAGAGCUUUGGUGAAAGCUGGUUAUAAUUCAAAAGUGAUUCCCCUGAUUGAUGAAAACAUGCUUGUCAACACCACAAGUAAACAUGGAGAACUAUCGUCAAUCUUGAAGAAAUGGCUAGAAAGAAGACGCCUGUCUUCUGGAGCUUGUUUGUUAUGUCUCAAGGAAGGGUACAUCAAGGAGGGAAACUCUUUGACUGUGAUGGGAAUGUUGAGUAGAAAGAAUGGUGUCCUCAUGAUAGUUCCACCACCUGAACCUUUCUCUACAGGUUGCCUUUUGCAAAAAUUUCUUCUUGCUGUUGAUGUUGAUGGCCUAGUUUUAAAGUCAUCUGGCAAGAAUAGUUCCAUGACUAACCUAAGCCUUUCAUGAGCCAUGCUGAGUAUCUGGUAAGAUGUUGCUUUUACAAUAUCACUUUCAGUUUCAAUAGCUUUGUUUCCAAAUACUUUAUAUUUAUAUUCCGAACUGCAGAUUUAUUAGGUGAAAUUUGGGCCAUCUUUUUUUUCUCUUUUUAAUUUCCUUUUGACCCUAUCCUCAAAUUCUUCAUGGAUAUCCAAGACCAAUAGUUUCAGCAGUAGACCAAUUUGUUGCCUUUAUCACUUUUUACUUCUUGUGUAAUGCAAUUAUUGCCGAUGUUUGAGGUAUGGUCCAUUAGUGUAUCUGUUUGCAGAAAAGAUAUAGUAUCCAUUGUCAGAACUACAGAAGGGUUGGACAUUGUGUUGGGAAUUGUGGAAGGAAAAUUUACAGAACAAAGGUGCAGAAGUUACUUAAUCCCAUUAUGAUGUGUUGAGCACAACUUGCAUGCGGAUUCAGGGAUGUAAUUAGAAUUUAAAGCAGACCAUUUCCCAGACAUAUUAUUUUUGGUAGCUUGUUUUGUAUAUGGAUAGGGGAGAGGUAAAAUUAUCAUAUAUAAUCAAGACAUGAUGGAUGAUAAAGCAGAUCAUUUUCCGAACAUAUUACUUUUUGGUAGCUUGUCUCAUAUAUAAGGGAAACAUGAUAUAGUGCCCCUUUAUGACCACUUGAUGCAGAGGUUAUGAGUCUCUAAAUUACGUGAUUUUGGUUUGCAAGUAGUUUAGAGGUACGGAUCAACCUUGUCAGAUCCCCUUCUUCUGAUUUCACCUAAUCGGAUAUGACUUUGAAUUCGGUCGGCCCGACCAUGUGCACAUGCGCGCGUGCACAUGAAUGUGUGUGUGUGGCAUGUGCACGCGUGUGUAUGUGUAUGUGGGUCCGCAUGCACACAUUCAUAUUUGGAAGAUUUGGUCUCAAAUACGAAUUUAUGUUGAAGCAAGUUGGACAGGAAUGUUGGAAUCCCGUUUACUGCUGGUCCUGGAGAAGAACCUGAGCAUCCUAGAAGCCAAUAUAUAAUGAAAGGAUAUGGAUGACCAGUGAGGUGAAGUUUUCAACUUUAGAUUGAAACACUCAACAAAAGUGGGGCAGCAAAAAUACAAUUGGACUGAAUUAGUGAGAAAAAAAAUGAUAUGAAAAAUUUCAAUUAUAUAGAGUUGGAUACAGCUUGACGGUAAAUUUCAGCAAACUUUGAUCAAAUCCUGGCUGUCCCGCUAAGUUGUGCCCAAAAAGAUGGUGUAGUGUUUUCUGUGGAAAUAUCUUGAGGAUGAUCGAGUUGUCAAUCAGGCUGACUAAAAAGAGAGACUCUUUGUUGAUAUAACAUUGUUUUUCUUUUUAAAUUGAUGCAUCUAUCAUGCCAAAUAUUUGUAAAUGUACUGCAUGAAGUAUGGCAUUGUUAAACUGCACGAUCUGUGGGCUUAUAUACUUGGAUUGAAAAGAAAAGGUUGCUGCAGCGUACAAGUAGUGGAUCAGAAUGUCUUAAAUGAAAUUAUAACGAUCAGGACAAGCGUGUAAAGAAUUCUGAACAAGCUGCAAUGGACUUCUCUUUUUUAACAUUGUUUUCUUGCAAUCUGUAGGACCAGGUUCAACUGACAAAUUCUAAUUAAAGGCACUAACAGGUAAAUGGUGCUGGCUGGGCAAGACGUGGUGUGUUGGUGGGAAUAUGGCCUGGCGGCAUUGGACUUAUUCAAGCAGGUGGAACGCAUCUUGGAUAUUUUUGUAGAUCUCAUUCGAGACUUCCUCUAAUUUCUCAUUUUAGUUAAUGACUUUUAGGUUUCCAUAAUUGAAGCAAUAUCUCCCGGUAGAGCUCCAUCCCUUGAGGGAGGUUGAGUUAUACUUGCUUCUUACAAGCAUCGUUGUAGGGAUUUAGAGGUAAGCUCAGCAAUUAUGUAAACUUACAAAAGCUUAUCUGUGGUAAAAGGAAGCUAAUAUCAUUACACAGAUUUAGAGUAGUCUCUAUUUGCAGAA